GCACGAAGCAGACAGGUCGCAUCUGGGAUGGGAGCAGCGGCGUUCUGGACUGAGGCGAGAACAUUUCAGCUGCUUGGUGGACACGAGCAGCACGCGCGGUUCUGACUCUUUGGAGAUGGAUCACCGAGAGCCUUUUUGCCGGGCGAAAGGUUUGGCGUUGCCCUGUCUUGGAGCCAUGGGCUGCACGGUGAGUGCCGAGGACAAGGCGGCCGCGGAGAGGUCCAAAAUGAUCGACAAGAACCUCCGAGAAGACGGGGAGAAGGCGGCCAGAGAGGUCAAGCUGCUUCUUUUAGGUGCUGGAGAGUCUGGGAAAAGCACCAUUGUAAAGCAGAUGAAGAUUAUCCACGAAGACGGCUACUCGGAAGACGAAUGUAAGCAAUACCGAGCUGUGGUUUACAGUAACACCAUCCAGUCCAUCAUGGCCAUCGUUAAAGCCAUGGUCAGCCUCAAGAUAGACUACAGCAAUCCUGGCAGAGUGGACGACGCCCAACAGCUCUUCGCUCUGUCCGCAGCCGCCGAGGAGCAGGGCGUCUUGCCCGACGACCUGGCCAACGUGAUCUUGCGACUGUGGGCCGACGGCGGCAUACAGAGUUGCUUCUCCCGCUCGCGGGAAUACCAGCUCAACGACUCGGCGGCAUAUUACCUUAAUGAUCUGGAGAGGAUAGCCAAAGCAGAUUACAUCCCCAGCCAGCAGGAUGUGCUGCGAACUCGUGUCAAGACCACUGGCAUCGUGGAGACUCACUUCACGUUCAAAGAGCUGCACUUCAAGAUGUUUGACGUAGGAGGCCAGCGCUCCGAGAGGAAGAAGUGGAUUCACUGUUUCGAAGGCGUCACGGCCAUUAUCUUCUGCGUUGCGCUCAGCGCGUAUGACCUGGUGCUGGCUGAGGAUGAGGAGAUGAAUCGCAUGCACGAAAGCAUGAAGCUAUUCGACUCCAUCUGCAACAACAAGUGGUUCACUGAGACCUCCAUCAUCCUCUUCCUCAAUAAGAAGGACCUCUUUGAGGAGAAGAUCACCCGUAGCCCCCUCGCCAUCUGCUUCCCAGAGUACACAGGAGCCAACAAGUUUGACGAAGCAGCCAGUUACAUCCAAACCAAGUUUGAGGACCUUAACAAGAAGAAGGACACCAAGGAGAUCUACACCCAUUUCACGUGUGCCACCGACACCAAGAACGUGCAGUUUGUCUUUGACGCCGUCACUGACGUCAUCAUCAAGAACAACCUGAAGGACUGCGGGCUCUUCUGAAGUUCACCUACAGGUGCUGGGUUUGGCGACACACUGCAUGCGAGACUGCGGCAACCACGUGACGAUGACUGCUUUUUAUAAUGGAAAUGGUGACAGACGUCAUUAUAACUGGAGGGGAAAGUUUGAAAGAACUUCAGCAAUCGUUUGAUUGGCUACCAUCAUCGUCUUUGUUUCACGUUGGCCCUGCAUACAAACGGCUCUUACUCUUGAAGAAUCUUUCCACACCCUCAUCGGGUGAGAAUAAUUUAGCAGCCACGUGUGGGGAAAAUGAGUUGGCUUAAUUGUUGGAACGCAUGUAAAAUGCACAAAGAAUAUUUAUUAUCCAUCAAGAAAACCUUGUGAUGAUUUCAGUUACCAUUUUGCUUUGACUUUUUUAAGAUGUUCAUUUUGCCCUUGAAGUUUAUUAAGACGACAUGAAACAAUAUUUUAUAUCGCUUCAACUCAUGUGAACAAAAUACUGCUAAAACAAAAAAAUCAUUUUUGUAUGCCAUUUACAAUCAAUGAGUCCCCUGCAUGACAUUCCAUUAAUUAGCCUGUCCCCACUCACUAUUUGUCACCAAUUACGUAGCACUUGUUUAAAAACAAUCUGUGAGGUUUUAAAAGAUGUCUGUUGCUAACCUACUGUAGUUUGCCGUGUAGUCUUUGUCUCAUUCCUACUCUCUAGUUUUGACUUUGUUUGUGCCUUGAUAUCUGUUUACACUUUAUAUUUGUUCUUCACAGUGUCAAUUAGGGCUAUUUCUAUCCAUAGCUUACGAAUCAAUGCGUCCAAGCACAGAGUCUGAAGGAUGAUACGGUACUUGUUUGUUGAUAUUAAAGUACAAAUCAAGUCACUUGGUAAAUGUAAAUAAUAAAAGUUUGGUCAUGUGA